ACCCUUGGCUCGUCUCUGUCCGUUAUUCUUGCUCUUCUUUUCGCAUUCUUCUGUUGAAUCCCUUAGUUUGAUUGCACCACGAAGGUUUCUGUAAAAGUGAAAUUUGUUAAUGGCGACCUCCAUGGUUGAGGAUACCAACUUUGAAGAUGAUCAGUUGGCUUCCAUGACAACCGACGACAUCGUCAGAGCUUCUCGUCUUCUCGACAACGAGAUUCGCAUCCUCAAGGAAGAGUUGCAAAGGACUAAUCUGGAAUUGGAAUCUUUCAAGGAGAAGAUAAAAGAGAAUCAGGAGAAGAUUAAGCUCAAUAAGCAAUUGCCGUACCUAGUAGGCAACAUUGUAGAGAUAUUGGAAAUGAACCCAGAAGAUGAAGCUGAAGAAGAUGGUGCCAAUAUUGAUCUUGAUUCACAAAGGAAGGGCAAAUGCGUGGUGCUAAAGACAUCUACUCGACAGACAAUUUUUCUUCCUGUUGUUGGGCUUGUUGACCCGGACAAGCUAAAGCCUGGUGAUCUGGUCGGUGUUAACAAGGACAGUUAUUUAAUCUUGGAUACUUUGCCUUCUGAGUAUGAUUCACGAGUAAAGGCUAUGGAAGUUGAUGAGAAGCCAACGGAGGACUACAAUGAUAUUGGUGGGUUAGAGAAGCAGAUCCAAGAGUUAGUGGAAGCCAUUGUUUUGCCAAUGACCCACAAAGAGCGUUUCCAAAAGUUAGGAAUUCGUCCACCAAAGGGAGUGCUCUUGUAUGGUCCUCCUGGGACAGGGAAAACAUUAAUGGCCCGUGCUUGUGCAGCACAAACAAAUGCCACUUUUCUGAAGCUGGCGGGCCCACAGCUGGUCCAGAUGUUCAUUGGAGACGGGGCUAAACUUGUCCGUGAUGCCUUUCAACUGGCAAAAGAAAAGUCUCCAUGCAUUAUUUUCAUUGAUGAAAUUGAUGCCAUUGGCACAAAGCGUUUUGAUAGUGAAGUAAGUGGAGAUAGGGAGGUACAGAGAACAAUGUUAGAAUUACUCAAUCAGCUUGACGGUUUUAGUAGUGAUGAACGUAUUAAGGUGAUAGCUGCAACAAAUCGUGCAGAUAUCCUGGACCCUGCUCUUAUGCGUUCAGGUCGAUUGGAUCGUAAAAUUGAGUUCCCUCAUCCAACUGAAGAAGCAAGGGCCCGAAUUUUGCAGAUCCAUUCUCGUAAGAUGAAUGUUCAUCCAGAUGUCAACUUCGAGGAACUAGCUCGAUCCACGGAUGAUUUUAAUGGAGCACAACUAAAAGCUGUGUGUGUUGAGGCAGGCAUGCUGGCUCUUCGUCGAGAUGCUACAGAGGUGAACCACGAGGACUUCAAUGAAGGGAUAAUACAAGUCCAAGCGAAGAAGAAAUCAAGCUUGAAUUAUUACGCAUAAGAUGGAUUCUGUUUUUGUUUCAUGUGCUCAAGCCCAAGAUAACGGUGACGAUCAAUAUUUUCUUGAUUUAUGUACUGACCUCAUGUUAUCUUUGUUUAAGAGAAACGUAAUUCAGCCUGUUUGGCUAGGCGUUCUAGGCACCAUAAGCGGCUUAUAAGGCUGAAAAGCACGGUUGCAAA